UGGAGACUGCAUGCGGUAUAUAGCUCGAAUUUUUUCCUCGCCCCACAUACGUACGAACAGCUGACAUCUCCACAGCACAACGCAAAAUAUUAAUAUUAGAAACUAAUGUAUUCUACGGUUUAAAUAGUGGCUUAAUUUUUGUAACCAAAGCCACAAAAUAAAUUAUAUAUUAGUAUAAUUGAGGGGACGUUUGCAGUUAUAGAGGUAUAAUGGACCUUCUGUGCUGUGAGACCGAGUGUGAGUGUCGUGCUUAUCCCGAUCCUGUGUUGUUGAACGAUGAACGGGUAUUACAAAACUUGUUGAACACAGAAGACAGAUACUGCCCCUCCAGUUCGUAUUUCGAGUGUGUUCAGAAAGAUUUAACUCCACAAAUGCGGACGAUACUUGCAGAAUGGAUGAUGGAGGUGUGCGAAGAGCAGAAGUGUCAAGAGGAGGUGUUCCCUCUCGCAAUGAACUACGUAGACAGGUUCCUCAGUGUGUGUCCGAUCAGGAAAAGUCAACUGCAGCUGCUCGGAACGGCGUGCCUUCUGCUCAGUUCCAAACUCAGACAACCCCAUCCUUUGGCGACCGAGGAUCUAGUCAUCUAUACCGACAAUAGCAUCUCCGUGGAUGAACUGUGGAGUUGGGAACUCUUGGUUCUGUCCAAGCUGAAGUGGGACAUCGCCGCCGUCACACCUCAGGACUUCCUCCAGCACAUUUUGGUGAGACUGCCAAUCGACCGAAACACGUGGGACGCACACAUGAUCCACAGGCACGCCCAGACGUUCAUUGCCCUCUCGACCCGGGAUUAUUCAUUUUCUAUGUACACUCCAAGUAUAAUUGCCGCAGCGAGCAUAGCAGCAGCUCUCGAUGGCUUGGAAUGGACAGUGAAGAGUGGGUGUUCACUCAGCCAACUGCUAGACAGGCUACAUAUUAUCACAGCCAUUGAAAGGGAAUACCUACAAGGUUGCCUGCACUUACUCGAAGAUAUGGUAACAGCUACUGUGAAUAGCCGAGAUGUUGACUGUAAUGGAGGUUCACAGGGAAAUGGCUGCACAACAGUUAAUUCUAGAUCAACUUUAGAUCAUUCUUCACCACUGUCUGGUGGAACAGAAAAGAUAGCAGAAUAUGGGAAAGCUGGAACGCCGACAGAUGUGCGAGAUAUUCAUUUCUGAUUAAGACCUUGUGACAGGAUUGUGGUCAUGCAGGAGAGCAUCACAUUCUCAGUGCAACACAGAAUGGAAGAUGGCGAAUCAUUCUUUCCAUGUCUGUCAACCAAAGUGCUCUUGAAAGCUAAGCAGAAUAAAAAUUGUGCCUACUCAGACAAGACUGUGUGUUUCUAUUACAACCGACAAUCAGAGUAAUGGAGGACAAGGUUAAAUGGCAUACUGUCACAGAUGAACACACCAGAAAAACAAUUUAAAACUGUAUGUGUAUGUAUUUAAUAGAACUUUCCAAAGAUGUCAACAUUCAAAGUGUUAGAAGCAGUGCUUUUUUAGAAAGGUGUGUGGGGGUGUACUUCUAAUUUUUCAAAGAAAGAAAAAAAAAAGGUUAAAAUCUUGUAAUUUAAAAAAAUACACUUAUUUUUCCUUUGGCUAUUCUCAUGUUUAGAUUAGAAUUGUUAUUUUUGGGUUUAUGAAAGAAAUAAGGCAGUAGUACAUCAUACCAUUAGGCACUGAUAGAUAAAAGCCCUAGUUAGAUGGAAACAAAUUGAAUUACAACCUACGUAGAGUCCAUAUUAAGGUACAAAGGCAACACUGAAUAACGACUUUCUUAUUGCAGAAAAUAGUAAGAUUAAAAUUUGUCUUGGGGUUCUCCAUAGUUGGAAGUAUAUUACUGUUAAAUGAAAUGUUGUUCAGGACCUUGUACUAUUGAGACCUGAUUCCACCUGAGCUAACCAUUACUACACUUUGAGAACAUGGAAUAAUGAGAGCCUCGCUUUGCAAGGGGAAGGCAAUUAUAUACGCUUUAAAAUUACACUAAUACCAAUUAUUUAGUUAUAAUAUCAGAAAAGAAGAAUAAAAAUGCUUUAGUCACCGAGUCAUUUUUGUAAAUAUGUUUUGAUUAUGGUCACUAUUAAUCGUAAGCGUAAACAGCAGAUAUACAAACUUAAUUUUUUAUGUGGGUUCCUAGAUAAUGUAACAGAUAAUUUGAAACUGGAUUACUUCAUUUAUGUGUGAUUUCUGUUGAAUACUUGGAUACAGGUUUCUGUGGUUUUAAGUCCCAGCUUAUGAGCCAUCACUGCCAAGCUGCUUUCUGCAUGCUAUGGGAAUAUACUUCAAAUUUAGGCUGCAUUUAAGGGGGGGUGGGUUGACUGGGGCAGUUAACCCCAGGGAUGGCACGGAAAAGACGUUGAAUCCACAGAUUUUAUCUAGAUGUUUGUUUCUCAAAAAUAAUGGAAAUGUUGGUUUGUAUUUUUAGUUGCCAAAAAAAAGUGGCAUGGGCUGCCACAGUGUGAUUACCCUGGGACCAUGACAUAUAUACUUAGGUUGUACCAAAAGUCACGAGCAACUUUUUUUUUUACAUGCAACCUGGGAACAGCAGACGAAAGAGAGUAUGGUGGUAGGUGGAACCAGCUGU